UGCCAUCCUUGUGAAACACGGUCAGCUUUGAGUACCUAUUCUUGCUUAACCUACCUAUAGAUAUCAUAUCCGACCUACAAGUGCCCCGUUUAACAGCUUUAAACCAGCACAAAGAUGACACAUGAAGUUUGUAUGUAGCUCAUGUUAUAAAGUGGGACAUGGCAGUGGAGAAAGGCUGUCGAUUGGCUGUUUAGUCUGGUUCUAUGUCGACUCGACCGUGAACAGUCGUCCUGAUUUCGAUAUAAAGCUGGCCCACUGCUCGCACUACUGGUGUUGUUUGCGGCCUCCCUCGACGUUCCAGCUUACUCUGUGUGCCAUAACGGGGCUUUAAAUCCAUACCGAACCGAACAGAGGCAUCGCCUGCCAGAUUUUACCGUUGCGAUUUUACUUUAUACAUGUACUAGAUCUACGCUGCAGCUGACACGAGCGAGAUUUGUUGAGAGGCGGAAUACGUGAGAAGAAUAUAUACGACCUCCAUAUUAAUACGCACGUGCUCCGUCUCUGCACUCUCUGACACAGCUGUUUCAUCUUCUCGGCGCCAUCCAGCACCAACCAGUGACGUAAACGUUCAAGGUCGACAUGGUUUUCUCACUUGAAAAGUACCAGCUAUCGCCGAAGUGUGGCUUCACGGCCUUCUUGCCUGAAUCUUUGGGUGAAUACUACAAAGCCUGGCAUGAUCUGGCGGCCAAGGCUGUGAACCUGGUGACGGCAGGAACCAUGCGACAGGAGUGUUUGAAGCUUCCUCAGCUGGACAGCAGUAGCUUGACAGAGUACGGCGAGCUGCGACUGGCUCAUCUACAGCUGUGUAUAAUCACGUGCGGAUAUGUCUGGGAGCAAGGGACAGGAGCACCACCCGUGCCUCUGUUGCCUGCGUGUGUGGCCGUCCCUUUUCAUGACGUGAGCAAAAAGCUGGGGAUGACGCCAGUCAUAACCCACUCGGACGUCGCAGCGAACUGGGAACUGAUAGACGAAGAUGGGCCUUUGACUAGAGACAACUUUCGUGUCCGCUACAUGAUGCCCGGAGGCCAGGAGUUCGUGGAUUUUACCACUCUUGUGGUGGAAAUGGAUGUCCACUACACCAAGAUUUUGCCGACUUUGCAGAAGAUGGGAAAGACGGCCUCGCCAAAGCAAGUGGCUGAGGCGCUGCAGGAAGUGACGAUAAUUGCGCGGAAAAACAGAGAACUUUCUGCGGAGUUCAAAAGUACGAACUUUCUUUUCCUUAACUCCUCUCUCUUGGUGUCUUUUUCCAUGCACGUUGUCUUCUCUUACAGCACAGGUAUUUAUCCACUGCUGAAAGGAAUCCGAGAUGGUAUGGGCUCCGGUCUCAAGUCUCUUGGGACUCGUAUGAAUGCUGGCAGUGAAAGCCGCAAGGAAGAUAUUUGCAGGAAGAUGGAGGGCCUGAACACCGCAAAGACAAAAGUUAUCACAGGACUGUGGAAUGUAAGGACAAUGUACGAAACUGGUAAGUUGGCACAAGUAACGGCAGAGAUGAGGAGAUAUGGAUUGCACGUUCUGGGCAUAAGUGAAAGCCACUGGACAGGAUCCGGCAGGCUGAGAACAGCAACUGGAGAAACACUGAUCUAUUCUGGCAGAGAAGACAACCAACAUAGGAAGGUGUAG